CAUAUUCUGUAUUCUUACAAACACGAAAAACGAUAAUCGAAGUUCGCGAUAUUGGAAUAAUAAAUUUGAAUUGAACAUCCGUGCUUCAAGCACUGCAUCAAAAUAAGCGAAUAUCACUACACUACACGCAUUUUUUGUUUUCGGAUGUGGAAAAUCUUACGUUAGUCCAGGAAAGUUUUAAGAAAAUAAUUCCUGUAAGUCAAAUUUUUUGUAUCCGGGGCCUUUCGUAGGUAGAGUUUCUACUGUAUAUGCAAGCACAAAAAGUUGUUCCUUUUUGUUAUUGAUCUUACGGCAUUGUUCGGGGUCCUAACAGAAAUCCUGAGUUGAAUCGCAAAAAAUUUUGAAGCAAACUGGUAUUUAAAUUUAUUGUCACACCGACUUUAAACGAAUUCAGUGGGAAACGCUCUUUUAUAACAUUGCGUAUUUUCCAACAGGAGCUAGUUUCACUGAUAUGGCAGUGGCACUCGGAUACUGGUAUAUAGGCUUCGCAACGCUCCAGAUUAAUUAAACUAAAAGCUCGUUUCGCGGGCACAUCCUUCAAAAUUGGCACUUUUUCGCGGACUGCACAAUUUUUCUUUACGGGCCGCAUUUGGCCCGCAGGCCGCAAUCCGCACACCCCUGCUUUAAACUAUGGAUUUUUGGCCAUCUCCAGACAAUAGUCUUCACUGCUCUUUCUUUAGACAUUUUUCUUCAGACAGUAUUUAGUUGAAGUGUUUCUGUGUGUAGGACUGCUUGGGACUAUAGUUCUCUUGUGUUAUUUUCCUCAUUACAAGGUUUCACGGACAUUUUAAUCAAACCAAAAUUGUUGAAAAAUUUUAGCUCAUGUAAAUAAGAAGCCAAAAUGUGUUUGUACCUAAUUUCAUAGUCAGAAAUAUGAACAAGCGUUUCCCCGUUGUUUCUAAUUUUGAUGAUUUUGUUGACAAUUUUUUAUCGGAUGAAGAAAGUAGUGAUUUCUCGGAUUCUGACGAAAUAGACAGUGACGUAGAAUUUCAUUUGUACAGCCAACUUCAUUAUGCUGCGGAAAACGAAGUUAUACCUGAUGCCAUAUCAAUUCAUAAUGAAGUAAGUGUCGUAGAAAUAUCUGGUAUUUCUGCGGAUCAGAAUGAGAAUGCUCGUACCCAAAAUAGGAUUGAGCCAAUAGACUCACUUGAUGGCGAUAGACAGGAUGAAACAGCAAUCGUAGAAACUUGUUUUUCUGCGGAUCAAAGUGCCUUUAAGAGUUUUCGUAACCAAAAUAGAACUGAGACAAUAAAUCCACUUGGUGGCAAAAGACAAGAUGAAACUGCAACCUUCUCUACCCAAGACAGCGAUGCAAGGUUUGGUAAAAAUUUCUACAGUUCUAUUGAAAUCUCGGACAGUCCUAGUUCAAAGAAUAAUCUCAUAAAUGUUACCCCAAUUCUAAAUGUCACAGAGGCCGAAGAAACAAUUGAACCUUCAAUUCCAAGUGAGUACAAUCCUGUUUCAGAAUCGAAAAAAUUCAGCUAUGAUUCUGACUCUCUUGAAACUGAUUUGCUCGUUGAAAGGCCGAACGUUGAGCAAGCUGUUUUAGAUGAAAAUUCAUCACAUAGUUCUAUCGAUUAUAUCAUAGAAAAUGAUUUUAUUGUUACUGAUGAAGUUUCAGGCGAUGAAAGUAAUUCUGGGCUCGAUCGAAUUUGUAGCGGUACUGCAACCCCCACUUUGCAAAAAAUUGAUGAAAAAAAUGAUGACAAAGUCUUUAAUGAGAAAGAUCUUUCUCGUUUACGAGAACAUCUGGAUUCUGAAACAAGCGAUUUUGUCCCUGAAACUUGGGAAAUAGUUGAUAGUGUGGAAGAUGGCUCUUCUGAUAGCUGUGAUGGGGGAAUAGACCUUCAUAUCUCACAAAAACAAGAGGAACCCGACAUGGAAAUAGGACAAGAACCAAACGAUGCGUGGAUUCCAGAAAAAGGCCCAAAGUCAUGCUGGAAAAUAGAUAUAGAAGAUACUAAGCAAUUUACUACUAAUAAUAAUAAUGCUGGCAGAGCAGGGAGGUAUUUUGUUGGUAAUUCUAAAAAUUCAGGAAUAAGAUGCAGAAAUUGUGAUGAAGUGGGCCACAAAGUGAAAGACUGUACUGUGGAAAAGAAGGGACCAGCAUGCUUCAUGUGCGGAAACAGGGGUCAUGUUGGCCGUGACUGUCCUCAAAAGGAGGGUUUAAGAUACCGGGGGCGACACAUGGUAUGUAAUAGAUGUUCUCAAGAAGGUCAUAUACAAAUUGAUUGCCCGGAUUUAUGGAGACAGUUUCAUAUAACUACAAAAUCUGGUCCUAUUCAAGUCCCAACUAUACCAGUGCCGCUCAAAAGUGAUCCCCAAUGCUUUAAUUGCGCAGGGAUCGGCCACUUUGGUCAUGAAUGUGAAUCUCCGAGAGCAAAUCAAUUUUACGCGAUGCUAGCGCCUUACGUUCAUCGAUACGAUAAAAGAGCUGUUUCUACGGUUCCACAGGAUUUAAGAAAGAAAUUGAAAGGAAAGAGAAGUUCAGAGUCUCAAGGAAGUUCGCAUUUUGAAAGAUCUUAUGGAGGCAAUCGUGGUAACCAUGGUGACUUCUCACAGGAGAAAGAGUCUAAUAAUAACUAUGCAAGACGGAAAGAACGUCAACAUAUUAUAUUUGAUUCACCUGAACGCCAACCUUCCAAUUCCAGAAAACAUGGUGUUAAAGUUCAAGUGCGAGAGAGUCGUCAACCAAGCACUGAAAGGCAGAGAAUAGCUCAUAAUCAGCUACGUCCUGCUGACAAGGCGUUACGGAAAAAGAGCAAUAAAAGAUCUAAAACUAAGUUUGAAAAAGAAAGCCCACAAGAAACAAGUUCAUCCACUAGAAAAAAGCUUGACAGAACGUUCAAAAAGCAAAUUCCACAAGAAUCAAGUUCUUCAGCUCUAAACUUUUUUGACAAAAGGGUUGUUUCUUAUGAAGUGUCAAAAGAUGAUGUGCAAUUUUCUAAAAAUAUGCGAAGCUCAAAGCGAAAAGUAUCUUACAAAGAAUCUAAAUCUCAAAACAAACAUUACAACCCAGAACCUAAUUUACAAAACGAUGAAUUUUAUCGUUCAAACAGUAAAAAGCGAAAAUCGAAUAAUCCUGGCCAUUCUUUUGACAGAUCGAAUAAUAAAAAAAGGAAAUUUAUUGAACGAGGAAAACCUGAUAGAGGUUUUCGUAGGCAUUUUAAUUAGUUGGUUUAACUACGUUAUGCUACGUAUUAUUUUCAACUGUGAACCUAUUUCUUUAGGAAUAAAUCAGGAGUAGCAAUGAAAGGGUAGAUCAGGGCUUCUAAAACCGAAUGGGUGAACAACGAAUUUUAGGGGUUGCAAAGACCACACCAAAUUCACACAAAGUGCUAUCGGCCUAUCUGUUGUACUUUUUUAGGCGUUCGAUUCGAAACACAAUUAUCAAAACUGGUGCAAAACAUAAUUUACACUCACAAUAGCGACGUUUUUGCGGCCAAAAUUUUGAUAGAUAAGAAGCCCUGGGGUUAAUGAUACCACUGUAAUGCCCUAAAUUUGAUGUGUGCUUUUAUUUUAUUUUUUUUUAAUUUGCUUAAAGCAUGUUCCCUCAGGAAUAUAGGAGCUUUAUCUUAUUUUUUGCAUUAACUGCAUCUACUACAUUCUGGUUCACCUUGGUAUGAUUAUCACCAGUAAAAAUCAAUGAAGUGCGACUCGUCGGAAUAAUAAUAUUCUGUCUGGAAUUCGAACUGUUUCUUUUUAUGCUGCAUUCAUUUUAGAGAAUGUGUGACAUCAAAUAUAUCAGAGUUUACGUUUUAAUUUAGAUUAGUGUUCCAAAGUGUGUUUUCAUUAUAUUCUGCCUUAUUUCUCUGAUAUGAACAUGGUCAAAUCGCACCGAACUAGACCAAUUUAUCUUUCUUAAAAUCCUAUCCAAGUUGCAAAACUUGGAAUUAAAAUUUUGUGAUUUUGUUGUGUUCAUUCAAUAGCCAGAAUAUCCUUAUUUAAACAUUGCAUUACCAUUGCUGUCAUUUUAUGCUCCACUGAUUCAUAGGUACGAAUGAGUUCUUGAAUUUCAUUGCUGAGAAACUUCAAAAUUUGUGCAAAUUUGAAGUUUUAAUAUGUUCAUUCUUCACCUAUGUACUCCAGUUUUAAUUCAAUUUACUCCUAGUUUUAAUGCAUUUCUGAUCUAACUUAUUUUAUUUUUGAUCUAG